UCUUCUUUUAAAAAUUUUCUUCCCAUUUUCCCAAAACAAGAAAAAGAAUCCAAACUUUGACGAACUCGACCUAGCCUGUUCUUCUUACCGUCUUUUCCUUCGUCGUCUCGAGUUCGCCGGAUCGCGCGUUUGGUAGCGGAGGGUCGAGGAGGGGGGGAACAAAGAAUGCAGCAAUGGCGGGCCGAGAACCCGGCCAUGACCUUCGAUGAGGUAUCCAUGGAGAGGAGCAAGAGCUUCGUCAAGGCCUUGCAGGAACUGAAGAACUUGAGGCCUCAGCUUUACUCUGCUGCUGAGUAUUGUGAAAAGUCUUACCUUCACAAUGAACAGAAACAGAUGGUACUGGAUAAUCUGAAAGAUUAUGCUGUUCGAGCCCUCGUCAAUGCUGUAGAUCACCUUGGUACUGUUGCUUACAAGUUGACAGACCUGUUUGAACAACAAACAUUGGAUAUUUCAACUCUGGAGCUAAAGAUUUCAUGUCUGAACCAGCAAAUUCUGACUUGCGAAACAUACACUGACAAAGAGGGUCUUAGGCAGCAGCGAAUGGUGACAAAUAAUCCAAGACAUCACAAACAUUACAUUCUACCAAAUUCUGUUAGUAGACAGGUGCAAAGUAGUUCACAGCUACACAAAGAUGCGAAUCUAAAUCAUGUCCAACCACAACCUCGUCCUCAUCCUCCAGGAACCCCUGCAUCAAAAACCCUUUCCUGGCAUCUAGCCUCCGAAACCAACUCCGCAUCGGAUGGAACACCUCAUGCAGCAUCAUGCAUUGGAGAUAUUAUAGCUCCUAAGAUAACUUCUGAAGCCUUCCAUUUUCUUGAUAAACAAGACACUGCUGCACCAAUGCCCUUAUCAACUCAUCUUCAGUCAGCCGGUGGAAAUCCCACUUCUAGUAUGGCUUUGCGCUCGUUUGGCAUUAGGGAUUCUUUGGAGCCUUCAAAACCUUUAACCGCAUUCAGAUCCUUUGACAAUCCUGGACGGCUUCAAAUUUACCGGCCUCCUGUUCGCAGUAAGAGCAUGCUGUCAGCAUUUUUUGCCAAAAACAAAUCCUUAAAGCCAAGAAAGGCUUCCAUCACAUGAUGGUUUUCUUCACAAGUCGACAAAUUUGAUCUGCUAGAUUCCCCCGUCUCUGUUUUCUUGCACAUAGUCCUAAGCGGUGUAGUAAGUGCUUGUAAUCUCUGCAAUAUUCUGUGGUUGCUGGAUGGAUUUAUCUAUUAAUUGGUUAUAGUUGUGUGACUUCUUUGUCACUAUUACAUGUCUGUCUUUUGCGGCAUGACCUAGUUGAAGAGGUGUUGCGAAGGUUAGGAGUAUCUCUUGUGUAGCAUUUCAAUCUCUCUUUAUUUUGGAGAAGCACAGGUCACUCUGUCAAGAUGUCCGAAACAGCCAAGAUAUGUAACGGAAUUCUCAAGUAUUUAUAUUCGUGGACAUAAAUCUUGCAUGACUAGUUUUAUA